AAUCACCUUUAUAUAUAUAUAUAUAUAUAUAUAUAUAUAUAUAUAUUACUUUAAUUCACUCCCAGAACCAAACCCUACUUCAAUCUGUAUAAUUUCCCAUUUUCCAUUUCUUUAUCUUAUAAUCAAUCUCAAUCUUCUAUUCAAUUAGGUUUUUCUUUUACUAAAUCGCCCUUCUUGAAUACACACUCAAACGCCACCCAAAGAACUAAUUUCGCAAUAGUUGGAGUUCAUUUCAUCGAUCGAUUCUUGAUUUUGAUUGAAAUCAUACACGUUAUUGUAUUAAUCAAACGUAGAUUGGAAUCAUAAGAAAACCUAGGGUUUUUUUGGGAGAUUCGAUUUUGAUUUUCGUUUGUUAGGGUUUUCAAUUUUUUCUCAAUUUAAAGAAAUAAUGUCGGAAAUCAUUAUUGGCUCGCCGAAUGAUUGAUCGGUUCCGUUUCAAAAAAACGGGUUGGGUUAAAUUGUAUGGAAACUCGUGGCCGGAAGCGGGCGGAGGCGUCCUCAUCAGCCCCUUCUUCCUCUGCUGGUCCCGUUACUCGUGCUUCUAAACGCUCUCGCCUUUCUUCUUCUUCUUCCUCACCAGCCACAACAACAACCCCUGCAGCCACUCGUUCCCGAACUCGGUCUAGCGUCGCUUGUCCACCCGCAACAACAAUGGAAGAGUCAUCCUCUCGUGGCCGAAGAGGCCGAAACAAUAAUCAAGAUGAUAAGGGAAAAGAGAAGGAGCAUGAACUUGAAAAAGAAAGGGAAAAUGAAUUAGGGUUAGCUUUACAUAUCGAUGAGGAUGAUGACGACGAUGAUAAUGACAAUGAUGAUAGCGAAGGAGGAGGUGGAGGUGGUGUUGGAUUGUUACACCAGAAUUUGACUUCUGCUAGUAGUGCACUUCAGGGUUUGCUUCGAAAACUCGGUGCAGGGCUUGAUGAUUUGCUACCUUCGUCAGCCAUGGGUUCAGCAUCAUCAUCUUCUCAUCAGAGUGGACGGCUUAAGAAGAUACUUUCUGGUUUGAGAGCUGAUGGUGAAGAUGGGAAACAAGUUGAGGCAUUGACUCAAUUAUGUGAGUUGUUGUCAAUUGGUACUGAGGAUUCACUUAGUACAUUUUCUGUGGAUUCAUUUGUUCCUGUUCUUGUUGGGUUGCUUAAUCAUGAGAGUAAUCCUGAUAUAAUGCUUCUUGCUGCGCGGGCUAUUACACAUUUGGUUGAUGUCUUGCCUUCUUCUUGUGCUGCUGUCGUUCAUUAUGGUGCUGUUAAUUGUUUCUGUGCUAGAUUAUUGACAAUUGAGUAUAUGGACUUGGCUGAGCAGUCUCUGCAAGCACUUAAAAAAAUAUCACAAGAGCAUCCAACUGCUUGUUUGCGAGCUGGUGCACUUAUGGCAGUCCUUUCCUAUUUAGAUUUCUUUUCAACCGGAGUUCAGCGAGUUGCAUUGGCUACUGCCGCAAAUAUGUGCAAGAAGCUUCCUUCGGAUGCUUCAGACUUUGUGAUGGAAGCCGUUCCUCACCUUACAAACCUCCUUCAAUAUCAUGAUGCAAAGGUUCUAGAGCACGCUUCUGUUUGCCUUACUCGAAUUGUUGAAGCCUUUGCAUCAUUGGCUGAUAAGCUUGACGAGCUUUGUAAUCAUGGUCUGGUCACUCAGGCUGCUUCUCUCAUCUCAACAAGCAAUGCUGGCGGAGGUCAGGCCUCCCUAAGCACGUCUACUUACACUGGCUUGAUUCGACUUCUUGCUACAUGUGCAAGCGGGUCUACUGUGGGAGCCAAGACAUUGCUGCUACUAGGAAUAAGUGGCAUACUCAAGGAUAUAUUGGCAGGAUCUGGACUUGUGGGAAAUAUGUCUGUAUCUCCUGCCCUUAGCAGGCCACCGGAGCAGAUAUUUGAGAUUGUGAACCUUGCAAACGAGCUGCUUCCUCCACUCCCUCAAGGCACCAUAUCCCUUCCAACAAGUUCCAACUUAUUUGUCAGAGGGCCUCUUUUUAAGAAGUCGCUUAUGAGCAGCUCCAGCAAGCAAGAUGAUACAAAUGGAAAUGUGCAAGAUGUAUCAGCUAGAGAGAAACUUUUGAAUGACCAGCCUGAGCUGUUGCAGCAAUUCGGAAUGGAUCUUCUCCCUGUGCUAAUUCAGAUUCAUGGUUCAAGUGUCAAUGGGCCUGUGCGUCACAAAUGCCUUUCUGUGAUUGGUAAACUUAUGUUUUUCAGUAAUGCAGAUAUGAUAUCAUCUUUUAAUAACACAACAAACGUAUCAAGUUUCCUUUCUGGCGUUUUGGCUUGGAAGGACCCACAGGUUCUAGUUCCUGCUCUACAAAUUGCAGAGAUACUGAUGGAAAAACUUCCUGAGACAUUCUCCAAGAUGUUUGUUAGGGAAGGAGUAGUACAUGCUGUGGAUUCACUUAUAGCUGCUCCAUCAACCUCUGAUUCUGUUCAGUCUGCUAUACCCGAAAAAGAUGAGUCAAUACUGGGAUCAUCAGCUCGUGCUAGACGUUUGAGGCGACGAAGUGGAAUCCAGCAGCAAGAUGCAAAUCCUGUUGAAGAGUCAAAGAAUUCAGUUCCAGUUGGUGUUGGUUCACCUCCAACUUCAGUAGAAAUUCCAACUGUCAGUUCUAGUCUUCGCACAACUGUCAGUGUUUGUGCCAAGUCUUUCAAGGAUAAGUACUUCCCAUCUGAUCCUGGGACUGCUGAUGUUGGCAUUUCUGAUGAUCUCUUGCACCUGAAAAAUCUUUGCGCAAGGCUGAAUGCUGGUGUUGAAGAGCAGAAAUAUAAAGUGAAAGGUAAGUCUAAAACUGAUGGUGCUUAUGUUGCUGAUUUUUUGACUGGCAAUGAAGAGAGCUUGGUUGGAAUAGUUUCUGAGAUGCUAGCAGAACUAAGCAAAGGAGAUGGUGUUUCUACAUUUGAAUUCAUCGGAAGUGGAGUUGUUGCUGCCUUACUGAACUACUUAUCCUGUGGUUUCUUUAACAAAGAGAAAGUUUCAGAGGUGAAUUAUCCUAAGCUUAGACAGCAGGCACUUACACGAUAUAAAUUGUUUAUCUCAGUUGGCCUUCCUACUAGUAUUGAGGAAGGGAGAUCAGCUCCAAUGACUGUUUUAGUACAAAAGCUUCAAAAUGCUUUAUCCUCACUGGAAAGGUUUCCUGUUGUAUUAAGUCAUUCAGCUAGAUCUUCAGGUGGAAGUGCACGACUGUCAUCUGGUUUAAGUGCGUUAUCUCAACCGUUGAAGUUGCGUCUAUGUAGAGCUCCAGGAGAUAAGUCUCUUCGUGAUUAUUCUAAUACUGUUGUACUCAUUGAUCCAUUAGCAAGUUUAGCAGCUGUAGAGGAAUUUCUUUGGCCUAGAGUUCAACGAAGUGACUCUGGGCAAAAGGCAUCAACCUCUGUUGGAAACUCUGAGUCAGGACCAUCACCUGCAGCAGCUGCCUCAUCAGCAUUUGCCUCCACCCCAGCUGCUAGCACCCGUCGUCAGUCAGCUAGAUCCAGAACUGGUGUCAAUAUAAGAGACACUUCUGGAAAAGAUGCGUCUCAGGACAAAGGUAAUAGCUUGUCUAAGGGAAAGGGGAAAGCUAUACUAAAGCCCGCACAAGAAGAUUCGAAAGGCCCGCAAACUAGAAAUGCUGCUCGUAGAAGAGCUGCUUCAGACAAAGAUGCUCAAAUAAAAGCACCAACUAGAGAGUCUAGUUCGGAGGAUGAAGAUUUGGAAAUGUCUCCAGUUGAUAUUGAUGAUGCAUUGGUGAUUGAAGAUGAUGAUAUCUCUGAUGAUGAGGAGGAUGAUCACGAUGAUGUUUUGAGGGAUGAUUCUCUUCCUGCAUGCAUGGGUGAAAAGGUGCUCGAUGUUAAACUGAGCGAUUCUGCUGACGAUAGCACUGCUGCCACUGCAACUAGUGAUAGUCAGAACAAUCCUGCUUCAGGUUCUAGUAGUAGAGCAGCCACUGUAAGGGGCUCAGAUUCUACAGAUUUUCAGAGUGGGAGUUCUUUUGGCUCUAGGGGUGCAAUGUCAUUUGCUGCUGCUGCAAUGGCUGGGCUUGCUGCUAAUGGUAGGGGUAUCAGGGGAGGUAGAGAUCGUCAUGGACGUGCUCUUGGUGGCUCUAAGUUAGUUUUCUCUGCUGGUGGCAAGCAACUUAACCCAAAUUUGACAAUCUAUCAAGCUAUCCAACGACAGCUUGUGACUGAUGAAGAAGAAGAAGAGAGGUAUAAUGGCACUGAUCUUGUUACCAGUGAUGGAAGCAGGUUAUGGGGUGAUAUAUAUACAAUCACUUAUCAAAGGGCAGAAUCCCAGGUUGAGAAGUCUCAUACGAAUGUGAAUUCUGCUUCUCCAUCAAAGUCUACCAAAUCUGGUUCUGGGUCCUGUUCAAACACUGUUUCUGCCUCACAUCGGUCUCUCCUUGACAGUAUUCUGCUAGGGGAUCUACCAUGUGAUAUGGAGAAGAAUAACCCAACUUAUAAUAUUUUGUCACUAUUACGUGUAUUGGAAGGUUUGAAUCAACUUGCACCCCGUUUAAGGGUUCAAACAGCUUCCGAUAAAUUUUCGGAAGGGUUGAUUUCAAGUGUAAAUGAGUUAAGUAUCACUGGAGUGCGGGUUCCUGUUUCAGACUUUGUCAACAGCAAGCUUACCCCAAAGUUGGCUCGACAGAUACAAGAUGCUCUUGCUUUGUGUAGUGGCAGUCUGCCUUCUUGGUGCUACCAGCUGACAAAGGCAUGCGCAUUUUUGUUUCCUUUUGAAACUCGACGACAGUUUUUCUAUUCAACUGCAUUUGGAUUAUCUAGGGCCUUGUACCGUUUGCAGCAGCAACAGGGUGAUUCUCAAGGGCAAAAUGAGAGAGAAGUUCGAGUUGGAAGGUUACAACGCCAAAAGGUUCGUGUAUCAAGAAAUCGCAUUUUAGAUUCUGCGGCGAAAGUUAUGGAAAUGUAUUCCAGCCAGAAGGCUGUUCUUGAAGUAGAGUAUUUUGGUGAAGUUGGGACAGGUUUGGGGCCGACGUUGGAGUUCUACACCCUCUUGAGUCAUGACUUGCAGAAAGUGGAUUUGGGAAUGUGGAGGACAAAUUUUUCAUUUGACAAGUCUUCUAUGGAAGUUGAUAGUGAUAAUCAGAGUAAACAUGUUUCUGGUGGUGAUGCUAAUCUAGUUCAAACCCCACUUGGAUUGUUUCCUAGACCUUGGUUGCCGAGUGCUGAUUCUUCAGAGGGUAGCCAAUUCAGUAAAGUCAUUGAACAUUUCCGACUUCUUGGACGAGUCAUGGCCAAAGCUCUUCAGGAUGGAAGGCUCUUAGAUCUUCCAUUAUCAACAGCAUUUUACAAACUUGUGCUUGGACAGGAGCUUGAUUUGCACGAUAUUAUCUUGUUUGAUCCUGAGAUUGGGAAAACUUUGCAAGAAUUACAAGCCCUAGUUUGCAGAAAGCAGUAUCUGGAAUCAAUUGGGGGUGAUCAUUCAGAUGUGACUGCAGAGUUGGGUUUUCGCGGCACUCCAAUCGAGGAUCUUUGUUUGGAUUUUACGCUUCCUGGGUAUCCAGAUUACGUCCUGAAAUCAGGGGAUGAAAACGUGGAUAUCAAUAAUUUGGAGGAGUACAUAUCUUUGGUGGUGGAUGCCACUGUAAAAGCGGGAAUUGUAAGACAAAUGGAAGCUUUUAGGGCAGGAUUUAAUCAGGUCUUCGACGUUGCGUCUUUACAAAUAUUUUCGCCAGAUGAGCUAGAUUGCUUGCUUUGUGGCCGUAGAGAGUUGUGGCAGCCUGAUACACUUGUUGAUCACAUCAAAUUUGAUCAUGGAUACACAUCUAAGAGUCCUGCAAUCAUCAAUUUGCUUGAGAUUAUGGGCGAGUUUACUCCGGAGCAGCAGCGUGCCUUCUGUCAAUUUGUCACCGGUGCCCCACGUCUUCCACCUGGUGGUUUGGCUGUACUAAACCCCAAGUUGACUAUUGUGAGAAAGCAUUCAUCCACAGCAACCCCAGCUUCCAACGGUACAGCACCUUCAGAGACUGCAGAUGAUGAUCUACCAAGUGUCAUGACCUGCGCUAAUUACCUUAAGCUUCCUCCUUACUCGACAAAGGAGGUUAUGCUCAAGAAGUUGCUUUAUGCUAUCAAUGAAGGACAAGGAUCAUUUGAUUUGUCAUGAUUCUUUUCUCGGGAUCUAUUAAGACUACCUGAAUCAGGUGUAUAUCGCUGUUUCGUUUGGGUGGCUAGAGAUGACAUCCUUGUGCUUGGGCUGAAUAUGUUCCUUGAAAUAGAUGCUAUAUCAUCUGUCACAUAGGUAGUUUUACUUUUCGAGGCAGCCUGAAUUGAAUUUUUGGGUUCUCUGAUAUAAGUUCGUUUAGAUUUUCGCAACAUGUUUAUGGUCCGCCGUACAUUUUUGUAUAUAAUUUCCUCCAACCUCACACAAAUUUCAGCCUUUCAGGAGGUCCAAGUUUCUUGCUGUUCAUGGUUUUUCAGCAUCUGUUUUUGAGCAGAAGUAAUAUCUUACUAAAAUUUCAGUACCUAAAGAAAGUGUUUUAGGUGACUCCUAUAUGGAGUGGCGGCUUUUGGGCAUGUGCAUACUAUUUUUCUAUAUUUUCUGAAACAAUUAAUGUACUCCAAACAAUCGAGUAAAGAAAUAACAUGUUCUAUUUUACCUUUUAUUAUCAUUAUUAUUAGAGUUUCAGCUUUUGAAUAAUAUUUCAAUCUCAUACCAAAAACUUCACUAAGCUUGAC